ACCAAUGAGAGACAUUUAGCAUGCCAUUGAUUUCAUCCCAAACAAGCCUGCUUAUCGGAUGAACCCUCAAGAGUAUGCGAAACUUCAACAACAAGUCAAAGAGCUGAUAGAGAAAGGAUUUGUCAAGGAAGGUGUUAGCCCAUGUGCCGUGCCUGUGCUACUAGCCCCAAAGAAAGAUGGAACUAGGAGAAUGUGUGUAGAUAGUCGAGCAGUCAACAAAAUCACUAUCAAUGAUGAAUGGAAGACAGCAUUCAAGACUAGAGAUGGUUUAUACGAGUGGACAGUCAUGCCAUUUGGAUUGUCUAAUGCUCCUAGCACUUUCAUGUGCCUUAUGAACCAGAUCCCUUUUGCUCUGCUCCCCCUGCCCUGCAUUGAGCCUACGCCCUUGCUUGCUGCGCCGAUCCUGCUCCUGCACGCUUCUGCUCCCCCUUGCUUGCUACGCACCGAGCCCAGACCCCUAGCCCUGCUGCCUACGCCCUUGCUUGCUUCGCACCCAAGCCUUAAUCUGCACCAGAUCCCCUCACCCCCUGCCACGCCUGUGCCCUUGCUGCUACACCAUGCCCCUGCCCUUGCCGCCUACGCCCCUACUAUCGCACCGAGCCUGCGCUUCUUGCACUCUGCGCCCAAUCUCGCGCCCCUGCCUCCUGCAUGCUACAGCCAUAUAAAAAAAAACAGCACACAGCAGACAAAAUCAACAUCAUUAGUGAUUGACGGAGCAAGGCUUUUUCAUUUUUAUUUUAUUUUUUUGUUUGGGUAUAUAUAGAGAGCAAAACGCAGAGGUCUGGGUCUUUGGUUGAUUUUGGAGUUUGAUUGUGGAGGUCUAUGGUUGAUUUUUGGAGUUGAUUUGGGGAGUCUCUGUCUGGUUCUUGAGAGCACUAAAGGGAGAUUUUGAAGAAGGGAGGGUUGGUUUUCUUUGGGGAGGUUGGUUGUGGAGAGCACCACCUCUGUCGCUAGUGUUAAAGGGCCGAUUCGAAAGUGAUGAUAUGGGAGAGUACAACAGCAACUUAAGGAGAAGGAAACAUUUUCUGGGUUUGCUUAGGUACUUCCCUAAACAGAGGAAUUUUUGGGAAGGAUGGUGAGGGAGACGAAUGGAGCUUGAUCCCGUGGGUGGGAUCCCUCAUUCCGACCGGAUUUGUCUUCUCCCAGAAAAUUUUUGCCUUGUUUGUUGCAAUUUUUUUUAGAUUUCGAUGUAUUAGGACUGUGUUAGAUGAAGAUAUUGUGAAUGGAAAAAAAAAUCAAACAUGUUCUGAUUG